CGAGCCGCGGCGUUUCUAUAGAAGCUGCAACCAUCUCCAUCCUUCAAAAUGCAGUGGCACAUACUGCGGACUGCGUCUUGGCUGACACACAGGAUAUGCCUGGAGUCACAGACACCUGGGCUGUUUGGACACUGUCAGCACAUGAAGCGAUCAUUGUUUUUGCACUAUGCCAAGUCCAAAGCGGUUUGGGCACAAAGCCCGCAAGAGCGGUUGCUGCACUUACCUGUAGCCCAGUACCCAGCAGACGAACGAAAAAAGUCAUCAGCCACACAGCCUUUAAAGUCCAGGAUCCUUUACUACAAACAGUGGGUGUGGGAUGUUUCAUCUACCAGGGGCUUAUCAUCCAGCACCACUCAGGGAACACCUUCAGAAAAAAAGGAAGAGCCUGAUCCUUUACAAGACAAAUCGAUUAGUCUUUAUCAGCGAUUUAAGAAGACAUUUCGACAAUAUGGGAAGGUUUUGAUUCCUGUACAUCUAGUAACUUCUGGUGUUUGGUUUGGAACUUUUUAUUAUGCAGCCAUAAAAGGAGUGAAUGUCAUUCCUUUUCUAGAGCUCUUUGGGUUACCUGACAGUGUUGUGAGCAUCCUGAAAAACUCCCAGAGUGGAAAUGCCCUGACAGCCUAUGCAAUGUUCAAGAUUGCAGCACCUGCCCGAUACACGGUGACCUCGGGAGGAACAUUUUUCAUGGUGAAGUAUCUGCGUGGUCGUGGCUACAUGUCAACCCCACCACCAGUCAAGGAGUAUCUGCAGGACAGGAUGGAAGAGACCAAGGAGCUCAUCACGGAGAAGAUGGAAGAAACCAAGGACAGACUCACAGAAAAGUUGCAAGAAACCAAAGAAAAAGUUUCCUUUAAGAAAAAAAGUGGAAUAGGGUGCCUUAUAUAACACAACCUACAGGCAUUUCCUGUGUUUAACCUUCUGGCAACUUUGGGCAUAAAUACAUAUUUCUGAUGAAAUU